CGGCUACGUACUGUUUAAUGUUUUAAAUACAGGCUGCCAUGCACCGAGUAUGAAGUCUGGACUCUGGAGUCUCUGGACUACUUCAAGUAUGGACUAAAAUGUUACAGAAUACAAUCGGGAAUACUCGGAAUAUGUGCACCCCCCUUGCGCAGUCAUCGCACCGCCUGAACGUGCGCAUCCUGUACAAAUCCAUUCUAAGGCUGCACCGUGGUCUCCCCGAGGGACUCCGCGAAUUGGGCACGAAAUACGUGCAGGAUGAAUUUCGCCUGCAUAAGCCCAUAACGAACGACGAGCAGAUUAGGCAUUUUAUGCUGGAAUGGACGGACUAUGCCAUGACGCUGUCGCGACAGCUCUCCAGCGCAGCACUCGUCAAGGGAUCUAAAUUGGGAAGGGAUAUACCCUCUGAGAAACUGGAUGCCUUCAAUAAUGAGCAGAUUAUGCAGUUGUACGCCCUCAAAGUCGAACUGGAAAAUGCCACGAAAGCCUCGCAAGAAGCUGCUGCACCUGCAGUAUCGUGAUGUAUUGCAGAAUUUUUAUUUUUGUUUUACUGGUUUUGUGUACUUCUAUCGCGUGGGUUGAAAGUCAUAGCAAAUUGGCAAUGGAUGGAGUCGUUGCGUUACUUCGUUUUUGUGAUAAACAAUAAAUAAAUAUGCAUCGUUUUCGUACGUACGUUUUUAAAUGGUUUGCUUUAAGCAAAAUUUUGCCAGAUCAUAAAGCGCAGCGUAA